CAAUCAUCGUCUCAGAAGAAACUUCUGCGUAGAACUUCUUGGACCACAGAGUGGGAUUUCAUUCUUGAGAACAUUUCUGGAGCGUAGAGAAAGCGAUGCACGUCAUUAAAUAAAACGCUUCCUAUAAUUAAUGUCGUGAUUCUUUUUCACACACACACACACACACACACAUAAAGAAAAAUAAAGGCGAUCUAAAAGAGGAGGAUGUAUACUGCCGGGUUGAAUCCUCUUUACGCGUCAAAUUUUAGUCUCUGGUCUGCGUAUUGUUCAGGAGGUUUUGCAGUGGAUACGGUGAAAAAGCCUUCGUUCUGCAUUGCUGACAUACUGCAUUUUGGAGACGGUGAGAACGUCGCUGGGUCUUCGGCACUCGUGAGCCAUAUGGGAGCCAGGGCUCAAGUUCAUUCCACGGCAUCUCCGCUUCGUCCGUCUCCAUUAGCGCCGGACGCAUCUGUAUUCGCUGGGAGAGUGAACGCAGCGUCUGCCUACCACAGGCAUGGAAUACACUUGACCUCUGUGGCCAGAACAACAUUCUUUUCUCAAUCUGUACCUCCACUUUCUAGCAAAGAUCUUAAGUUCGGCAUUGAUCGGAUAUUGUCGACAGAAUUUGAACCAAAAUCAAAAGAUUCGUCGUCACUAAGAGAUCACACGUCUGUUGUUAGUUCGAAUCGCCAGUCAGUCUCCGUGCAGCCGAGCCCCAGUCAGUACUUCUCUUCCAUAGAGCCGGGGAUGAGCGACGCAUCCUCCAUUAUAACUUCCUCCAGACAAUCAGGGCAUCAGUAUCAGGACACUUUCCCAGGACCCUAUGCAGUUCUCACCAAAGACACAAUGCCACAAACAUACAAAAGAAAAAGGUCCUGGUCCAGAGCCGUGUUCUCCAAUCUGCAAAGGAAGGGUCUUGAGAAGCGCUUUGAAAUUCAGAAAUACGUCACAAAACCUGACAGAAAACAGCUUGCUGCGAUGCUGGGCCUUACGGAUGCUCAGGUUAAAGUGUGGUUUCAGAACCGCCGAAUGAAAUGGAGACAUUCCAAGGAGGCCCAAGCCCAAAAGGACAAAGAGAAGGAGCCGUCAGAUAAAGCCGAGACCGAGGCCGAGCAGAAACCGCGCGACGAGUCCGAGUGCGAUACCGAGCAAAGCGAUUCCGACUUCGAUGAAGAAGCAGAACAGAAAAGAGAGACGAACAUUUCUGAAUCCAGCAAACAUAGCGUUAUCAUCGCCGGGCCUCUCCCUUUAAGCACAGACAUCAUACCGUCACCAAACGCCGUGGCAGAGACAACAGCAUCCUCACAAAUACCGUUUUGAACUUUCUUUGGGAAGAAACCACUUAUAAACUGUAGACAACUAAGAUCCAUGUCCCCCUUAAAAAAAAAAAAAUUAAAAGAGAGAACGCAGUUCUGCCAGUAAGUCAGGACUGGUUAGGUCGUCCGUGGGACAGUUCGUCGUGAUAAGUAAAUAUAUCCGGUGAUGUCACUGACUUAUUAUAUAUAUAUAUGUAUAAGGGGGAAUUUCAAUCUUGUGAAUAUCUUGUGAAUUUGAUCAUUGUGAAUAUUCAUCUGAACUACUUUUUGUUCACCUUACGACCUCUGGGAAUUUACUAAAUGUAAAUGUUAUCUUAAAGUUCGUGAAUCUGAAGGUAUUAUAUUUUGUUAGUAGGUAUUUGCACUGAAGAUGUAAAUAAAAUUUUAACGUUUUCUUACUUGA